GCUAAGGAAACAAAGAGAAAGGAAACGAAUGUUUUCUUCCGUCACAUUUACGACGAUCGACAGCUUAAUAAUGAAUGAGAGAUAAACAAACUGUCACGCAAGUUUCCAGAUUUUAUGACUGAUGACAGCAAUGUCAUGGCAUCAUCUGACCCUGAAGUCCCAUCCCAUCAUGUAAAGCAAGAAGUUUGUGCCACAAGGAAACCCUACAGGGAAGGUAGACAUGCAAAAGCAGUUAAGGUUUACACUGUGAACAAUGAGUCCCGAUACAUCCUCAUCCAAGGUGUCCCCUGUGUUGGAGCCACUAAAAAUUUAGUGGAUUUGUGUUCCAAAUUUGGUGCAGUGGAAGAGCACCAUGCCUUAGACGAAUACCCCUGUGAAGACAAGUACACAGAAGUUUACUUAUUCAAAUAUAAAAAGAUUCAGUCCGCAAGAUUUGCCAAGAGGAAACUAGAUGACUAUUCCUUUUUUGGUGGUGCACUUCAUGUGUGCUAUGCCCCAGAAUAUGAAACUGUCUCGGAGACAAGAGAAAAGCUUCUAGAUCGACGCAGAGUUGUUGCUUAUAAAAUCAGGCAACAUGAAGCAGAGCAAAAGAUGUCGAAACAGGCCACGCCAUCAACAAAUGCUAGGGAGGUAGCGACCCCCACACCUGUUGCAGAUUCUAAUGUAACCACCUCAGGACUUGACAAUGGAAAUAUGAGACAUAAUCAACCUGCCCAAACAUCUACUCCAUUGACUUUAGCUUCACAUGCAUCAAGAGUGCCUCUGCCUCAGACAUUUCCCCCAAGUCAUGGGAAUGUUAAUCCAGCCGUACCGACUCAUACACAUUUCUCUGCUCCUAUCACCGCUCAUUCUCAAAGAGGGCAAGUCUUGGCAUCAGAACCCACCUUUGAGCUGCCACUGCCUCCUCAAGCAUCAUCGUUCAUUCCUCACAGUGUGCGUGGCAGAAAAACAUACGAAUUUUCACGAGUGCCAUCAGCUCAUGCAACUCUGCCCUCAGGGUUUGAUGGAAGGUUGAACACCAAAAUUGAUACCGGUAACACUACCAUACUUCCCAAGAUGGCCGACCCACCUUCUGCACCUAUAUCCUCUUCAACAUCAAUGUCAUCCAGUACAGGGGUGAAGAUUGCCAAAGGAAAAUUGGACAGUACUACUGUGAUAGUUAAAAAAUAUAAGCCCCAAGGACCUGCUCCAAAAUUUGUACCCAGACAAGCCGUGAAACGCAAAGCCACGGAUACUUCUGAACUGCCUCAACGUAAAAAAACCGACGGGCUUGAUCAUGAAAUCCGCCAAAAUGCUUUCCAGUUAGGUCAGUUGCAAGGGCCUGAAAACUUGGAGAAAAGUACUAAAAACCCUGUGGUGCCCCCAGCUUUGAACAAAUCUGUUACUGAGACAAUUCAUGCCAUUCGCAGUAAAAUCUCACAGGUGAUAAAUGCCAGUGUGAAGAAACAGACAUGACAUCUUGCUGUUCAAAAGUUCGAAUUAAUCUGGAGGAAAAGAAUACUUUCAAAACGCUCAGAUGAAAGCGUCAAGGAACUGAACCUAAUCUUAGUGCAUGUUUUAUGUGUACUACCCAUAAUGCUUUUUUUUGGGUGUGGAAUGAAUUGUUUUUUUGUUGCCUGCAUGCAAUAAAAGCAAAAGCUUACAGUUUCCAAAA